AUGGGUCGCGGUACGGUGCGGUAGUGUGUUACGACUUUUAACCUUGCCUUAAACAGUCUAGCAUGCGUGUGACAAUUCUUUGACAGUUGACAUAAAAUAAAAACGUCAAUUCAACGUCACUUUCAUUUGUCAAAUUUCCUAACCUCAACACACUUUGUGGAUAUACCAGCUGCUGUUUCAAUUUCAAAAAUAAUUAGUAAAUACAAAAUGCCGGAUUCUGAAACAAAGAAAAACCAGCAAAAGAAAGGAAAACAUGAUCCCAAAGAGCAAAGGAAACCUCGCCAGCAGCGGAAUCAAGGAGCCGGUGAAAAGAAAACUGAAAAAAGAAUAGCAGAACCUAAAGCAGCCGCUCCAGAAAAACCAGCAUUUGAGGAGCCUGGGCCAGACUUCUACAAAGGCUUAAAACGAGAAACAGAUGACAUCCUCAAAAUAACUGAGGAUGCCAACUCUAAGUACAAGAAGAAAGAGAUUAAAAGCAAUUGGUCCAAGUAUGAGGUCCCGAUAGAGAGUUAUGAUGAUAUUGAGGAGCAGGAGAAUUUGGGAGCUGAUUAUGAGAAACUCAUACAAGCACCCAUGUCACUUGGCGGCCAUUUCCAAUUCAAACAUGAGAAAUCCUGGGACAUUACAACAGGCCCAUCUCUAUAUGAUAAAUACUUCGACAUCACUGGAAAUGAUCUUGCCACUGCUCUCUGUACCAUACCGUUUUAUGAAAGAAAUGGUAUUGAUAAGAAUAUAUUCUCUGAAACAGACGUACAAACCAUGGACCAUCGCACAUCUAGAUAUAAACAUAAGUACUUCAAAAUAGCAACAACUGAGUCAGAAAUUCAAGACAAACUUAUUAAUAGUUUAAAAGAUGAUUUAAAAGAACCAGAACAAAGUAAAUUAGAUGAAAAUGUGCAUGAUGAGCGAAAGUCUGAAUCAGAAGUUGAUAAAAAUAAUGAUAUUAAUUUUGAGGAAUCAAAACUGCCUAAGACUGAGCCAUCUAGUAAUCGAGUAGAAAUCAUAUUCAAAAGUAAUCAAGAUGAGCAUAAAGUAACAAUAGUAAAAGAUAGUAAGGAAUGCAGUGAAAUAGAUGACAUUGAUGAUAUUAUUAUUGAGACAGCAAAAAAAAUUGAUAUAAAUAAGGUAGAAUUAACCAAGUCCAACCCUGCUCCUGAGAAAGUUAAUACAGCUGCACGUGCUCUUACAGAACCCAAGAUAAAGCCAGUUAUUGAAUCUCCAGAGGACCUCGAAAAAUGGCUUGAUGACUUCUUAGAAGAAUAAAAUAUCAUCUGGUCUAGGAAAUUAAUGGAUGGAUACAGUAGGCGUAAGAUCUAUGUCAGAGCUCCCCAAAUAUCCCAUCAUAUAGCCAAAAGGCCCGACCAGACGAGUUGAAUCAUGAUAAUCUGAUAAAAAAAAUUAGCCUUAACCCUUUGAACGCCAAGAGCCACUAAAGUGGUUGUGUGCCGUCGUGCCUACCACUCCAACGACCACUAAAACGGUCAUGGCAGACGCUGUCAAAGCAAUUUUACUGUUGACAGAUAAGGUUUAAAUUCGUUUCUCACUAGUUGAGAUGGUGGCGUGUAUGCCACAUUUUGAUGCGAGAGAGAAAGCGUUCAAAAGGUUAAUCUCGUUCAGCACCCACACGCACACGAUUUCAUAGUAGAAUUGGCAAGCCACCAUUUGAUUAAAUCACCAAAAAAAUUGUUCAGUCUGGAAUGAGAAUUGGCAAGCCACCAUUUGAUUAAAUUGCCGCACCAAAAAAACUGUCCCGUCUGGAAUGGCCUUAACUUAACCCUUGACAAUAGAGGGGUGUUCAGCUGUUUAUAAUGAGUGCCUUAGCCGCAUGCAUCUGAUGGUGACUGGACAAAAAAAUCGAUCUGCUUGAAAGUUAUAUUGUUAAUUUUAGAUAUAUUGUUAUAAUUGUAUAUAAAAAAAAUUAUGAAUUGGA